AUGGGGGAGGAGGGAGGGGGAUGGCAGUGGCGUCGAAGAUUGUGGGUGUGGGAGGAGGAGCUUCUUGCGGAGUGUAGGUUAUUACUUGUUAAUGUUUCAUUGCAGCCUCUUUCUUAUGAUGUGUGGCAGUGGCAACCGGACCCUAGUCAAGGGUACACAGUUCGUGGAGCAUAUGCUUUGCUUACUAAUCAAAAGGAGCAGCAGGAUAGUCUUUGUGAAGAAUUGGUUUGGCACAAACAGGUUCCCCUUAAGGUGUCUAUUUUUGCUUGGAGGUUGAUUCGAGAUAGACUUCCUACAAAGUCUAAUUUAGCAUAUCGUGGUAUAUUGAAUUCAGAGGCAUGUUUAUGUGUGUCAGGAUGUGGUUUAUUGGAAGAUGCUCGACAUUUAUUUUUGUCUUGCAGCUUCUUUGGUUCUUUAUGGUCGUUGGUGAGGUCUUGGAUAGGCUUUGAUGGUGUUGAUCAUUGUGAUAUUUCAAAUCAUUGUGCACAUUUUGCAUUUUACACAGGUGGUUUGAAAGCAAGGAGAUCAUUUCUUCAGCUUAUUUGGUUACUGACGAUGUGGGUUAUCUGGAAUGAAAGAAAUAACAAGAUAUUUAAGCAAAAAGAAAGUUCAUUAGUUCAAUUAUUAGAUAAAGUAAAGUAUCAUUCUUUGUGGUGGCUGAAAGCUAAUAAGGUUGUUUUUGUGUUUGAUGAUCAGAUGAGCAGUUUGGUUGACCGCACGUCUAACAUGGAAGAAUCUUAA